GAGCAAAAGCUCAGCAACUCCCUUGUACUUGUCCAAGGUUACAGGUUUUUGCGUGCGCUUUCUACGCCGACUGUCUACAAGACACCGCAUUUUCUUCUCUUGCUCGCUAAAAAAGAAAAAGAAAAUAACAGAGAAAGGUAAGAGAAACACACACACACACACGCACGAGUACGCCGUCCUUUGUGCGCCUUUCUCAAGGCCGACGCGGUUGCUUGCUGUGAAAUAAAACAGGAGAGCGAAAAGGAAUAGACGAAGUUGACGGUGCUUUAAAAGACUUUUAGUCUAAAAUCUGUUUCUACUGUUGACGGCUUUUUGCUUCAGCCCUUGUUUUCCCCUUCUGCGCUGAUUUUUCAAUCACUGUUGACAUUUUUUGUUUUCUUUAUUGGGAGUUUUGUGCUCGGAUCAGGCGAGAACACGAAGCGGAGACGCAAGAGGAACUUCGCUACUGCUUUGCGUGCAUAUAUCACUACUACUUUUUGUUUUAUAUAUUUCUUCGUGUACUUACAUAUACCGUUGUGUUGUCCCACCGAAUUGUCCAGAGUUAUUGCAGCGUACAUUGCUAUUAUUAUUAUUAUCUGCGUCUUCUACUGCUUCAGUGCUUGUUUUGCUUGUUUUUCUUUUUCCCUUUUACGCGAGUGUGUUCAUCCCCUCUUUGAUGCUUUGACCACCCAUACAAACGCACACAUACACCCACAAGCAUUAUUCUGCCUAGAUUUCUAAUUACCUGCCUCUUCGCGCGUUGUACCAUUACCACUACUGCUAGUGUCUUCUCACUUGCCAUUUUUCCCCGUUUUCGUCUUCUGCUUCACACGACGGCACCUUAAGCGCUGUGAUACACCCAGAUUGGUCGCGUCUCACCGUACGAAUCCGUCGCACAACAAAGAAGAAUGAAGCGCUUCUCCCGACGCGCGGCCCCCAUCAACGCAGGACGGCGCGCGGUGGCGGCGGCGUUGCGAAUGGAUGCUGCCGCGACAACUCAACUGCAGCACUCCUCCGCAUCCAUGACGUUUUUCAGCGCCCUUCAGCAGUCCUGCGCGUGCUACUCCAGUCAAACCUCCAAGGCGUUUUCAGGCAGUAAGGCACGGGCAGGUGCGAGGGCCGCCGCGGCCCCUGCCCCAGGAGCCACCGCGCAGAUGCCGUCGCCCGCGACAACUGCCACGAAGCCGACCGGGUCACGUAGCAGCGGCGGACCGGGAGCAGCAACGGCAGCAGCGGGGUCGUCGUCCGCAAAACGCAAAGGAGGUGGCCCGUUGGCUGUUGAGGCCUCUUCUUCGGCAAAGCAGGGGCUGCCGACUUCGGCGCCUGGUCGGCGUCAUCGACGCACGGCCUCGGCGCAGCUGACAGACUUCGCAGGGGAACCUCAGGUAAAACCAAUGCGUAGCCGCCGCUCCUCGGAGCAGCCACGAAAACGACGCAACACCCGACAGAAGGCGUCGCUGCUGCUUCAGGCGCACGAAGAGCAGGCGAGGGCGGGAAGUGCAGCUGCAUCUUCCGCCUCUCCAUCUCUAGCAGCCACGACGGUGACGCCCGGCGCUUGCGGAGGCGAAGGCAACAGCGCAAGCAGCAACGAGGAAGGGGCAGCUUUAGCUUUCUCAGGGACUUCAUCUUCCCUGACACAGCCGUCUUUUGCUUCUGAAGGAGACAGGAAAAAAACUAAUGUGGCCGCGCUCACGACGGACGAGCUGCUCUCCCGAGUUCAGCUCGCCUCCUUUGUGGAACGUGUCCUCGCGCAGGUGCGGGACUGGGCAGCGUCGUUGGCGGAGUGGACCCGUCCCUUCUCCGACCCAACGCUUCGGGAGUGGGAGCGCCAGCUGCUCCUUUCCCUACGCAGAGACUCCUUCUCCGACUGCAGCGCCGUGCAGUACGCCAUGCAGCAGCGCUACGAGGAUCACUUCGGCAGCAGCAGCCACGACGUCGCCUUUCUGAGCCUCUACGCUCGUGUCCUGGUGAACAACGCUGUGUUUUGCCUCCUCAACUUCGUCACCUAUCGUGCAACAGAGCUGCUGACGGAGGCGCUGCAGGUGGCGCAGCGGGCCUACACACUCCAACUGCAGUCGAAGCAGCGAGGAGAGGAUCAACUGAGCAAAGGCAGUGAAAUUCGAAAAUGCCAAUCGAGAAAGCUGGAGGGGAGCGGCACCACACGCAACUCCACUUCAUCCAUUGCGAAGAGUGCUAAGCAGGAUCACGGAGUCCAUUCUUUCUCUUCAGUGCUUCGUCCAACAGAGGACCCCGAGAGCCACCUCGUCUUCCUGCGCGUGCUGCUGGCGAAUGCCUACGCUAGCGAUCAGCAGUACUGGAAAGCCGCCGAGCAGUACCAACUCGUUCUCUUCUUCCUCGAGCUCAAUCCGCUGUGGAGCGCGGAUCAGCUCACCCCUGGUCUUGGCAGCUCCUUGGCGCUGAAUCGAACCUUUGUUGAGGAGGACGCGAAGCUGUUUUACAGCGAUGCCGCCCGCGUCGACCGCGCCGCUUCGCAGGGCACGGCACAGCUGCUGCUGCUUCAGUCUCAGGGGAUGGGGCCAAGCACCGUUCCCUUGAUGCACGUCCAGCUCGCCAUGGCACGCCUGCAUCGUCACGCUGGCCGUUAUGCGGAAAGUCAAUCCUUCUACGAGAGCUACCUGGAUGGGGCGGCGGAGCACAUGGAGGGUGAGGAUGUGGCGGCGGUCAUGGUGGAACUCGGCCGACUUCUGCUCUACAAGGAGCGCAACGAGGAUGCCGCGCUGAUCUACCUGGAGGCGGGCGCAAACAUUCUUCUGGAGGAUGCACAGGACUUGCUACAAAGCGCUGCGGAUGCCGCUGCUGUGGCAGCGGAACCGGCGGAAGAUGACGGAGGUGCAGCAGUGCGCAUCGCGGCCGGCAACGCAGCACAGCGUGCGGCGGGAGGACUCAUUGACACGGCCAUGGCCUUCCACGCCCAAGGUAAAACGGGUAAGGCGAUCGGUCUCCUCGAGGGCUGCCUGCAGCUAUUGGACGCCGCGGGGCUGCGACUCAUCAGUGGGUGGGUGCGAGAGCAGUACGCGGAUAUGCUUGCUACCGUUUCCUUGGUGGAUCGCGCGCUCGACGAGUACGCGUGUGCCUGCGACAUGCUGCUCAACGAAUGCCACGACGCGGUGGAGCAGCUCGGGGCCGGCGGCCAACUGGUGUCCCUCAGCGCAUCCGAGGUGGAAGGACACUUGGCGUUCUGUCUGCAAACCUACGUCGGCGAUCAUAAGCGAGCGAUGGCGCACUACCGCAACGUGGUGCAGCGUACUUAUCGAGCGAGCCCGCUCGUGAAGAGCGCACAGGCGAAGCUGAGCAAGCGAGCCCGUCGGCAGCGUGCAGCGGCUUCUUCCUCCUCGCUGUCUGCCGAUGCGGGGCGCGGCAUGGAGGGUCGUGUGCGAGCUGCAGCGGGCAGUAGCAGCAACGGCAGCAGCAGCGUCGGCGCCUCUGCGCUGUCGCCCGUUCACCUGGCGCUGAAGCCUGACACCCUUCACUGGGUCCUGUCGAACUACGUCGCCUGCUGCGAGCGUGUCGGCGAGUUUGCCGAGGCCAUCGGUGUGCAGAAUCGCCUCAUCGAGAUUGAGGCCGCCUUGGGUGGCAACGUGGUGGACUCCUACGUGAAGCUGAUCUCCCUGCAGCAGCAGUCGGGCGAGGUGGAGAAGACGCUAGCGCUCUGCUUUUAUGUUUUCUACCUCCCCGAUGCGAUGAUGGCCCCGCAUACGAGACUCGAAGUCGCCAACUGCUUCGCCUCCAGCUGCCACCAGCUCGGCAACAAUCGGAUGGGUGCCGUGCUGAUGCAGGCGGUGCAGCACGUGCGGGGCGAUCACGACGCAAACGCCCUCGUGCACUACGCGAUGUGUCUCAAGUCGCUUGACCCUGCCGACCGCCUGCAGCUGGAUGGGAUGAUGGACAUUGAGGCAAGCAUCCAGUCCAUCGGCUGCGUGUUUCGACGGGCGGCGAGCAUCGUCGUGUCUGACACCGUCAUGGACCGCGUGGAAGAAGAGACCACCGUCAACGCGACGACGUCGUCUUCCUGUCCCACGUCGUUGUGGACACGUGAGCGAGUGGAACGGGCGCUGAACGGGCUGAUCGUGCUGAGCCGCGGUGCCUUCUUCUUCCACCAGAACCGCUUCAUGAAAGACGCCGCCGACCUCUACGCCCACGCGCUGGAACAGGUCAACCACAUCACCGCCGCCAUGCCCGUCCUCACCGACGCCCUCCAGCGCGAAAUGGGCAUCUUACUCGUCAACUACGCCACGUUGAAGGCCGCGGACGACGCGACUCAGGCGGCGGCGCUGUACGAGCGUGCGGCGGAGCUGUGCUCGUCCUACUUGGAGGUGGCGGAGGUCGUGGCGGACUUCUUCGUCAAGUCGGGCGACUACGCGAAGGGCUCCGUGUACAUGAAGCGAGUGCUGAGCGCCAACCCAGCCUCGGCCGCCGAGAUGCACCUUCGUUUGGCGCGGCUCGGCACGGGACCGGCAUGGGACACAAUGUCGCACGGGCAGCGGUUGGAGGUGAUCGAACACCUGUUGAAGGGCCUCGGCGUCUCGGCGGAGCGCGUCGCUGCUGCAAUGGCGAUGAUGAUGCAGCGCCGGCUGGGCUCCGACGACACCGAUGCCACCAUCGCUCUCACCGACAUCACGCAGCUGCUGAUGGAUGGCGUCGCCACGGCGAUGAGCGAGGAGGCGGUCUGCCUGGCCACCUACAUCGUGCAGACUCGCUUUCAGGAGCCGCAGCUGCUCAAUCGCAUGUAUCGCCGCGCUCUCCUGCGCUUCCCGCAGCACGCGACGAUUCUGGUGAACUACGCCACCCUCUGCAUGUACUCCGGCUACCACGUCCUCGCCCGCAAGUACAUCGCGAAGGCGUACGCGGCGUCCUCGGGCGACCUCAACUGCACGAUGUGCUACGCGCACUACCUCUGCCGCUCCUAUGAAGACCAGCAAAUUGGCUGCGGCGAGUCGCUCUACAGCAACUUCCUCGAGACACGUCCGAACUCUGCCCCCGCGCACGCCGCCUUCGCCAACUUCAUGGCCGGCGCGAUGCCGACGCCUUUUACGACGGAAGCGCACUUCAAGCGCGCCCUGGAGCUGUCCCCCCGGUCGGAGGAUAUCGUGCUGCAGUACGGCCAGUUUAUGUGGGCCUGCACGGACAGCAAAAACGUGUACACGAACGACGAGGUGCGCCGCUGCGUCUUCGACCGCGCUGAGCAGCUGUUUAAGGAGGCCGUCACCAUCAACCCAAGCAGCUUCACUGCCUGCCAUCAACUCGGCAUCUUCUACGCCAAUCGUCACAGCCGUUUUGAGGAGGCGAUGACGAUGCUGUACCGCGCCCACAAGCUGCAGCCCAGCAACGUGGAGGUGCUGCGCCACAUCCUGAACACCAUGCACGCAGAGUGCGUGCGGGUGCAGCGGGAGGAGCAGCGGCAAAGUGGAAUGGUGGCGGGUCAGGGCGGUGCCUCCGCGUCGACGCCAACCUCACGUCUGCGUGCGCUGACGGCGGCCACGAAGGACAUGUUUGAAAACGUGGUGUGCAGAGAGCCAGAUGAUCGCGCCACCCUCGAGCGAUAUGCACGCUUUGCCGUGGAAACGCUGAAGGAUCCACAUCUCGCCGCGUCGCUCUACAGCCGCAUCCAAGAACUGCAGCGCAAGUGA